AUGAAGAGUCUGCUGAGGAAUGAGGCCUUGGCCAUCUCAGUUCUGCAUCAGCUCCCCUCAGAGUUCUUCCCGUCCCUGUUCAAGGAGGCCUUCAGGAGCAGACAUAUGAAGAUACUGACAGCAAUGGUUGCAGAAUGGCCCUUCUCCUGCCUCCCUGUGGGGGCGCUGAUGCAAGCCCCUGAUGUGGUGAUAUUACAAGCUGUGCUGGAUGGUGUAAGACAUGCUGUUGAAAGAGCAGGUUCACCUGAGAAGGUCGAAGCUUCGAGUCCUGGACCUGAGAAAAAGUGCCAUGUCUUCUGGGAUGUAUGGCCUGGCAUAGAAUGUGGAGAGACCUCAACAGGGACAUUGAGUAAGGAGCAAAAAGAGAAUGACCUACCUAGAUAUGCCCUGAGGCAGCGUUUGAAGGUGGUCACUCCUUUGUACUUAGCAGUUCACCCAUAUGAAGAGCAAGCAUACUUGUUGCAGUGGGCCCAGCAGCAACAAGGUGCUGUGCAACUGUGCUGUUUGAAGAUGAUAAUCAAUAAUACUCCUGAGCAGCUUUUCAUGAUGGUUUUCAAUACUUUCAAGCCAUACUACAUUGAGGAAUUGCAUUUAUCCGUAUGGUGGAGUCCAAGAGUGCUGAGUCAUUUUGCAUAUUGCUUUGGCCAGAUGAGAAAUUUGCGUAAACUCCAUCUACAUCGCAUUACCAUUUACACCUACAGAGAAGUAUAUACCUUGGAAGAUAUAGAGAAGUAUACUACUAGGUUCUUUGCUCAGAUCUCCAAACUCAGAUGUCUCCAGGAUUUUCUUAUCAAUGAUUUGGACUUUUGCAAUGAGCACAUGAAGCAGUUUUUCAGAUGCCUGAAGAGCCCCUUGGAGUCUCUGUCCAUCAAACUGCACAAGUUCUCACCUUCUGACUGGAAGUACCUGUCUCAGUCUCUGCAAGUUCUCCUCAAGAGUGUAGCAGACACUCUGCAAACUCUGCAGAUAAGCAACUGCUGUAUCAGAGACUCUGAACAUGGUACCCUCCUGCCUGCCCUGAGCCAGUGCCUCCAGCUGAGCAGUGUAAAUUUCUAUGACACUGCCAUUUCCAUGUCUGCCCUGAAGGACCUUCUGCAAAGCCUGGCCAAUCUAAGCAAGUUAACUGAGGAGCAUUACCCUGCCCCACUGGAGUGUUAUGAUGACCAGGGCCAUGUCUUAGUCAACAAAUUUGCAAAUGUGUGUCUUGAUCUUCUGAAUACAAUCAGAGUCAGAAGACAGCCCAAAGUUAUUGACUUUGCCACAAAGUCUUGCAGCAAAUGUUCCCAGCGCUGUGUCUUUGAUAGGAAGCCCAGACUUUGUCCUUGUUUGUUAUAA